CUGCACGGAGGCCUGGUGUUAAGCUCGUUGCCGAUUUAUUUUUCUGGCAAUCAACUAAUCGAUUAAUCAACGAGCAAUUUCAGGUCCGAAGUACUGGUUUUUCAACGCAAGCAACGCCAAACAACGUCGCUCGGCCAGUAGGCGCCCGACAACAAAACGCUGCCAACACUUUUUGGCCCCUUCGCCUCUCCGUAGCUCGGGAACAAACACCGGCGCGGUUUGUGUGUGCGUCUGUGAGUGAGUUUUCGCGGGAGAGUAGCAGCUUGUCUUUCCCGCUGUCGAGACGGACGAUAACAGCCCCUAAAUCCCAUAACGCCAUGAGUUUGUGGGUGGACAAGUAUCGACCGACUUCCCUCGGGAAACUCGACUACCACAAGGAGCAGGCGGCUCAGCUGAGAAACCUGGUUCAGUGCGGCGACUUCCCACACUUGCUGGUGUACGGUCCAUCCGGUGCGGGGAAGAAGACCCGCAUCAUGUGUCUGCUGAGGGAGCUGUAUGGAGCCGGUGUGGAGAAGCUUCGCAUAGAGCACCAGACCGUCGUGGCGCCUUCAAAGAAGAAAAUAGAGAUCAACACAAUAGCCAGCAACUAUCACUUGGAAGUCAAUCCAAGUGAUGCAGGAAACCAGGACCGUGUGGUGGUUCAAGAGCUAAUUAAGACCGUGGCUCAGUCUCAGCAGAUCCAAUCCAGCAGCCAGAGAGAGUUUAAAGUGGUGCUGCUAACAGAGGUGGACAGACUCACGAAGGAUGCCCAGCAUGCUUUGCGCCGGACAAUGGAAAAGUACAUGGCCACCUGCCGGCUUAUCCUCUGCUGUACCUCCACCUCCAAAGUCAUUGGGCCAAUUCGGAGCCGUUGUCUGGCCAUCAGAAUUCCUCUACCAAGCACGGAAGAGGUCUGUAAUGUUCUGACAUCAGUCUGUAAAAAAGAGGGUUUGCUCCUCCCACCCGAGCUGGCCAAGCAAAUCAGUGAGAAGUCUGCUCGCAACCUCCGCAAAGCUCUUUUGAUGUGCGAGGCCUGCAGAGUGCAGCAGUAUCCAUUCUCGGCGGACCAAGACGUCCCAGAGGCAGACUGGGAGGUGUACCUCAGAGAAACAGCCAAUGCCAUUGUCAGCCAGCAGAGCCCUCAGAGGUUGUUGGAGGUUCGAGCCAGGUUGUACGAGCUGCUGACUCACUGCAUCCCUCCUGAGAUCAUUAUGAAGGGACUGGUGACAGAGUUGUUGAGUAACUGCGAUGGCCAGCUGAAGACAGAGGUGGCCCACAUGGCCGCUUACUACGAACACAGGUUGCAGCUGGGCAGCAAAGCUAUCUACCACCUAGAGGCCUUCAUUGCCAAGUUCAUGGCCAUCUACAAGAAGUUCAUGGAAGAUGGUCUGGAUGCCAUGAUGUUUUGACUCUGAAUGGACUUAAAUACUGUUACUUUUCUUGACAGGAGUUCAACAGCCCUCGUUUAUUUCCUGAUCUCUUACGAGACUAUCAGUGGAUUUGUUUCUGUGACCCAGAAUGAAUCUUGAUAGUCUUUGCAGUUUGUGGGUUUAUGCCAUGGAUUGUUGCCCAAAAUCUCAGCACUGUACACAGUUUGUAAACCUUGAACUGUCACUCUGGGGGGGUAAAAUACAUAAUCCAAACAAAGCAGCUUUGAUAGCAGCUAUAGCAGGCAUUGAUUUGUAUUUAUAAAAA